UGUUGUUGCCGGAAGUCUGGGGGGAAAGCACUGCCCUGGGAUAACGGAGACUAGGGCUGAAAAGGCGGAUAGUAGGCCCUCCCCAGCGGUGGAGGGCUUUGGCGGCUGCAGAUUUGGCGUAGACCGGAGGCGAUGCCGGGAGGAGGGAGCCGCAGACACAGUGGGGUAGAGGCGGUAGAGAAGGAUACCGACCCGGCCUUCGGGACCGGCGGGGACUCGGCCUGGGCCGCAGUCCUCACUGCAGGAGUCCGUGGACAGCGCGGAGGAGGGGCCCGUAAGGGCGGCGGCGGAGCUGACUGCCCGCGAGCAGACUAUGCACAUUCCGGGAGCUGCACCUGAAGUGGGAAAAGGGGAAGAUUAUGAGGAUGAAGUCACUAGAGAUCAGUGCAGAAGAUGCAGAGAGCUGGGAAAGGAAAAAGAAAAAGAAACCCAAUCUGGGAUUUUCAGUUAUGCUGCUGCCCAGUUACACCAGUAUCAUCAGUUGACCAAGCAGAUCAAACCUGACAUAGAAAAUGGAGAGGUCUACUCAGCAUCCAUGGAACACAUGUGCCUUCCACAGAAGAAACUGAUAGAAUGGUUAUAGACUUGGAAAAGUAGUAAGUACUACAAAUGCAGCAUAAAGUUUUAGUACUGAUUUCGUGCCUAAUAACAAAAUUAACAUUAUGGUCUUGAAGUGUAGCAUCUGGACAGUAAUUAAAGGACACAUGAUUAUUAGUUUGAAAAAUGUUCCCAUUCAUCAUCACUUUUAUAUUUGUGUUUUGGGUGGGGUAAUUAUUAGGCAGAGUAAAUAGAGUAUAUUUAAAAAUUCUAUGUCAAAGUAGUAUUAUGUAUCACUGCCCUCAUAUUUCAACAUGGAUCUGGGUUAUUUCUCAAACUUCAGAUUAUCUGACCGCGCUGUAAACUUAUAAAUUAAAAUUAAAUUCAAGAAAGUUCAUUGAACAUACAAGGGGUCUUCAAAAAGUUCAUGGAGAUUCGUGUUAUCUUUUGUUUUUUUUGUUUUUUUUGUUUUU